UAUUCAAACACGUUUUGUGGAAAUGCACGACACAGAGUAUUCUGUGCGCUAAACCAGAACCACUAAGGGAAGGAAAUGAAUGCAACGAUAAGAACAGAAAGUAAGAAUGUGUUUCGGAAUCGUCUGUGACAUAAUCAACACACAUGUCUAUCGCAGGGCCAUCUAGAGUCCCUAAACUCCAUAUAGCUGAUCGAAGAUCGAUAAUUGCAGAUUUUAAACUGGACAGCAAAUACUCGAGACAAUCUGCACGUAUAAGAGACAGGCGUCAUGAUAACAUAACAGUGUGCACUUUGGCUGGGAGAUAUUUUCCUUUCUCUUCGUCUUGUGAGAGAGUUUUAUGAACAGUGAUAUUUCUUGGAGAUUCCCUUAUAUGAACUUUCAUGCACAUGCAACUACCCUCGAGAGAGAAAGACUGGUUCGCUGUUUGCAAAGAGAGAAGGAACAUAAGUCUCGUCGACUUUACUUUUUGGAGAUUAUGUCUACGAGCAAGAACGUGAUCGUUGUCGGCAUCAUUGUCAUAUUGAUCCUCAUCAAUCUCGAGUUCGUCCUUCGAAGACUACUUGAUAUUUCUUCAGAUCCAGUUUAUAAUCCGAAGGCACGUUUCGGAAAUGAAGAACAAGAUGGAAGUAUAUCCACGAUUGGUACUUUAUACGACAAUGUACUAAACGUGUCAACCAAUGCUCCAGUUGAUUUGAUGACAUCAUCUAAUGUAUCUUUCAUGAAUGAGCAAGAUGCGAUCCAGAAAGCCAGACGACGGCAAGUAAGCCACACUUGUAGGAAGAACAAUCUAGGUGGGACAUUCACAGAUCUUCUGAAGUCCAGUAACCAUCGCCUUAUUGUUGAUGAGAAGUACAAGCUCAUCUAUUGCUCUGUUCCAAAGAUCGCUUCUACCAGUUGGAAACGAGUACUUCUGGUCCUUAGAGGAGUAAUGAAUGACACCUACGAUCUCUCACAGUCAGAAAUUAACAACAAAGUAGCGCCCAGGAAACUGAAGUAUCUUCGUUUCUACCCGGCGGCGGACGUCCGGAGAAUGCUGAGAGAGUUCACCAAGUUUCUAGUCGUUCGAGACCCCUUCUCAAGAAUUUUGUCAGCUUUCAGGAAUAAACUAGACCCUCUGUCAGACUUUCGGAAUUGUGAUAUCUGGCAGAAGGGUAUUGGUAUGCAUAUUCUAAAGAAAUACAAACCUUGGUCUCUCAUUGCACCAAGUCGUCCUGUAUUCAAGAGACUCGUAACACCAAAAGGGGUUGUCCGCUAUGACUUAAACAUGGCUGACUUUGUCAAGUUCUUGGUAGACCCUCUAGAGAAAAACGACAACGAACAUUGGUCAGAAAUCCAUCGAUUGUGUUCUCCCUGUCUAGUCGAGUAUGAUAUAAUAAGUAAAUUCACAACGUUGGACGCGGACGCUGAAUAUAUUCUCCGUCUUAUACACGCAGACUCUGUCGUCAAAUUUCCAUCAUCGAUUGGAAGUAGUCCUACGAAUAGCUCUAAUACUGCGUCAAUAAAAUCAUAUUUCAGAGAUGUACCACGGGGAGACUUGGAUAAACUAUACAGUCGCUUCCAGUUAGACUUUGAGCUUUUUGGUUACGAAAACCCCGACAUGGGCCUAUCGUAGUAAAUGCAUUACUUGUGUUAUCAAAAGAAUAAUUCUUUGUAUACCAGUAUUUAACAUUAUACAUUUUCUAAAACUCUCCUCUUUGACCAUGAUCAACAACUUCUUCGAUAAUGUUUAUGUAAAGCGCUGUGAUACAACAGUUAGUUUGUGAGAGCGCUAUAGAAACGGCUUUAUUGUAUUGUAUUGUAUUGUUUUAUAUAUUUUUUUUUAUGUGAAUACAAUACACCUAUAUUUUUACAUUUCGUCUGAUUUAUAUGCGUAUUAGGAAAUUAAAGUGAAUGAAAAUAUUUUUUGUAAUCAUUUCAUAUCAUCUUUUCAAAACUCACGUACCAUUAUUAUAACUAUUGGAAGUCGUUAAUAAGCAUUUAUAUUAUGUUGUGCAAUAAGAAUAAUGUGACUGUACUUUGAGGGUGCAUAUUACAGUUAAAUUAUUAAUUAUGGGCCUUUUAUACAUUCCACUGCCAAAAGUUUGUUGCAUGGCGUAGAUGAGGUAAAAUCGACCUGACUGUGGGGUCCGUUUCGGAGGGCUCGAUGCUGGGGGCUUAAGUCGAAAAAUAAAAAUAAAACAAUAUUAAUACAACUAAUGUUGAUGUACGAAGUUUAAUAAACUUUCGUUUGCUCUACAUUUCCAACUUUCCAAGCCAGUGUUAGGGGCAGUGCAACUCUUUGCAAAUAGACAAAAUAACAAUAUGACAUUUUCCCCACUCGGUUGCUACGCUCUUUCGCAAAAUAGUUAUGUAGAUUUAUACUUUUUUGAAUAAAGAGUUCCAUCAUUUUUUAAAUUACCAUAAUUUUUUUUCUAAACCUCGGUCGCUAGUAUAAUCAUAUAAUUAUAUAAUUUGGUCUAACAUACAGAGUUUCAAAUUUAAAAAUCCUUUUUCUUUUUUUUUUCCUCACUCGGUUGCUACGCUCCCUUGCAAUUGAAGAGAAUUUUUUUCAUUUUUGUUUCAUAACAACUGAAAGAAAUGCCAAUAAGUUCACUCUUAGACGCUUUGCAGUUGAUGGAAGGUUAUUUUAUUCUGAAGGCAACAAAACAGCCCCGCCCACACUAUAUAAAAAAAGGCUUGUCUCCAAUGUACGACAAAAAAAA